AGCGAGCGGGCGGGCCGGCGCGCAAAAAGGCGAAACCUUGGCCCUUGAUGCUGGGCCAAGCGCUGCGAGAAAUAUUUGCGCACCUGGUAGGAAAGCCUGCCCUUCGCCAGAAGCUCUCCUCUCGCUCACCUUCUCUAGAGCCCGGGGGGAGGGGGGGCUGCCGGGGAGCAGGACGUUGAGCCAGGAUCUCCUGGCAGAUGGCCGGAGGGUUGGCAGGGGGUCGGUCGCCUCCUCCCCAGAAGAGGGUCCCCCCUCUCCCCCACUGGUUCUUCUCCUUCCCACAGACGCUCUCCCGCUAAGUUAAGCUUGUUGGGAUCGCCGAUCCCCCCCCAGGAAAGUCUGGUUUCUGUAGGCAACUGCAAACAGAAACCAAGAGAAGUAAGAGGUGCCUUUAAACACCUGCAUUUCCGUUUCCACCGAGAUGACCCCUGUUUCAUCAGGUGCAAAACCAAACCCUAAAAACAAAAGAGUUUGGGGCACCUUAAAGAUGAAGAGGAUUCAUUAACUCCUGCACACCCUGUCUUCAGCCCCAGGUGGAGGAGAGGGGUCCAGGGAAACUCCCACUGAAAGAAAGGCUCCUUCCUUAAAGCUGCCUGGGCAGUUUCGUGGGGGCUGGCAUUGGCCUUGAUGAAACAGGCUGGCACAGCUGCCUUAUCUCUGUCCUGUAUUUCGUGCCCCCUUCCCCCUACCCUGGCUUCGCAGUGGGAUCUGGUGUGCUCCAACCACUGGAAAGUGCCCCUGGAGCAAACCACGUACCUCCUGGGAUGGUUGUUUGGCUUCGUGGUCUUUGGUGCCGCCUGUGACAGGUUUGGUCGGAGGGCCACUUUUGUUUUGGCCUUGAUGUUGUCCAUCCCAUUUGGUCUUGCCGUGGCCUUGGCUGUCAGCUACGUUAUGUUUGUCAUCACACACCUGGCCUUCGGGGCGAUGCUAGCAGGCACCUUCGUCUCCCUCUACAUUGCACGACUGGAAUUGUGUGACCCUCCCCACCGCCUGGGGGUCACCAUGACGGCCGGGUUCUUCUGGGUGGCGGGGGAGCUGUUGUUACCCGGGCUGGCUGUGGCGUGCCGAGAGUGGCGUCUCCUCCAGGGAGCAGUCACGCUGGGGUUUGCACUGCUGGCUGCUUGCUGGUGGUGCCCCUCCCUCUUCCCGGAGUCGGCCCGCUGGCUCCUGGCCACUGGCCAGCUUAAGGAAGGCCAGAGAGUCCUGCGCAGCUUAGCUGAGGGCAGCGGCGCCUGUUUGGAGGAGGACUCCUACGUAGGGGAGCAGGACCUUGCAGAACAGGAUGCCUCGUCGGGAGGGGCUCCCCAGCCCCACUACCACAGCCUCUGCCACCUCCUUGGUACCCGCGUGGUGUGGAAAAACAGUCUCAUCCUCGGCUUCACUGCGUUCAUUGGCAGUGGGAUCCGGCACUGCUUCACACGCAACCUGGCCCCCUACGGCCCCCGCUUCUACUUCCCUUACUUCCUGCUGGCGGCCUGCAAGGGAGUCGCCCUCCUCUUCCUCUGCCUGACGGUGGAUCGCUUUGGGCGCCGGGCCGUCCUCCUGCUCAGCACCAUCCUGACGGGCGUUUCCUCCCUGCUCCUGCUGGCUCUGAUGCAAUACCUCAUGGCCUGGCUGGUCCUGGCGCUCUCCGUCCUGGGCAUCCUGGCGUCGCAAGCGGUCGCUGCCCUCAGCAUUCUGUUUGUCAGUGAGGUGCUGCCCACGGUGGUCAGGGGAUCCGGGCUGGGCCUCAUCCUGGCCGCCAGAUCGGUGGGCUGGGCGGCCGCCCCCCUCAUGGACAUCCACAACAGCCGGGGUUUCUUCCUCCACCACGUGGUCUUUGCUUCCUUCGCCAUCCUGUCGGUGCUCAGCAUCAUGCUGCUCCCGGAGAGCACCAACAAGCCUCUGCCGGAUUCCCUGCACGAGGGGGAGAACCAGCGCCGGCCCCCGCUCUUCUACGCCAAGCGCCACCGUCGCCACCGUCGCCACGACCACCUGCCGCUGCUCGCCGCCCGUUCUGGGGCCAGUCUCUACGACCCCGACAGCUACGCCCGCCUUGUCACGGCCACCAAAAAGAUGCUGGCCUCACGGCAUGGAUCCUACGGCCAGCAAGCGAGGCCCUUGCUUCGGGACCCCUCGGAACGCAGCGGGGCGCGGGAGGAGAUGUAGGGACCAUGGACCCUUGGACCAAGUCUGCGGUUGGAGGAGGGGAUGAGGGGUUUUUUUUUAGGGCUAUAAGGAACUGGAACCCAGAAUCCUUUUGCAUUCACACCCCUGGAACAGGGGGACACGUAUGUGUGUGUGUGUGUGUGGGGCGCUCAGCCCCAGGAGAGGUUUUGCUGGCUCACCAGUGCCUUUUCCUGCAGAGGUUUAAGAGGAAGACCCCUCCUCUUGCACACACUCCCUCCCUCCUUUUUUUCUCUCUCUUGGGGCUUUUCCUCUCUCUCUCUCUCUCUGGGCUGAGCAGUCCCUCCAUGCCCACUUUGGUACCAUCGGCCCGGCUGCCCUCUCUUGCGUCUGCCAGGCUAAUAAAGGGAGUGCUGCCUUUG